UUUAGCUGAGUGCUCAGACCUGUAUAUAAGAUUAUGUCUUUAGAUAUAUUUUUAUUAAUAUAAAAGUCUCACCUUAAUCUCAGAAAAGGUGGAAACAUGUUGGUUCUAUUCGAGACCCCUGCGGGGUACGCUAUUUUCAAGUUACUUGAUGAAAAUAAAUUAAGUAAAACAGAUAAUCUCUACCAUGAUUUUGAAACCCCAGAAGCUGCCAGCAAAAUAGUCAAGCUUAAACAUUUUGAGAAGUUUGCGGAUACUACAGAAGCAUUGGCAGCUACUACUGCUGCUGUAGAAGGAAAGCUCUGUAAGUCCCUAAAGAAGAUGCUUAAAAAGCAUUGUGCAGAGGUCCAAGAACAAUUAGCUGUUGCUGAUUCUAAAUUGGGAAAUGCUAUAAAAGAUAAAUUAAGUCUUUCUUGUGUUAGUAACACAGCUAUUCAAGAAUUGAUGCGAUGUAUUCGCAGUCAAAUGGACAGCUUGCUUGCUAGUUUUCCUAAAAAGGAAAUGACGGCAAUGGCUCUUGGUCUGGCUCACAGUCUUUCACGGUACAAACUUAAGUUUUCCCCUGACAAAAUAGACACUAUGAUCAUACAGGCUGUCUGUCUACUUGACGAUCUUGACAAGGAGUUAAAUAAUUAUGUAAUGCGUUGCCGUGAGUGGUACGGAUGGCAUUUUCCAGAGCUCGGUAAACUCAUAACCGAUAACAUCGCAUUUGUCAAGACCGUGAAAGUUAUUGGAACACGAGAGAAUACCUCCAGUUCGGAUUUAUCAGAUAUUUUACCAGAGGAAGUGGAAGAGCAGGUCAAAGAAGCAGCAGAGAUUUCAAUGGGAACAGAAAUCUCUGAUGACGAUAUACUAAAUAUUCAGCAUCUCUGCGAUCAGGUAAUAGAGAUUUCUCAAUACAGAGCACAACUCUAUGAUUAUCUGAAGACUAGAAUGAUGGCUAUGGCUCCCAACCUGACAGUCCUCGUCGGUGAGUUAGUUGGUGCCAGAUUGAUAUCCCAUGCUGGCUCCCUAAUAAAUCUAGCAAAACAUCCGGCAUCCACAGUUCAAAUUCUCGGAGCCGAGAAAGCUUUAUUCCGUGCAUUGAAAACGAAACGUGACACUCCAAAAUACGGUUUGAUUUAUCACGCUCAACUUGUUGGACAAGCCUCUACAAAGAACAAAGGAAAAAUGUCAAGAAUGCUGGCAGCCAAGGCUUCCCUGGCUACGAGAGUCGAUGCCCUGGGAGAAGACAGUACAUUCGACCUAGGUAUUGAACACAAAGCUAAAUUAGAGGCAAGACUAAGAGUCCUCGAAGAUGGCAAUCUACGCAAAAUUAGUGGAACAGGCAAAGCCAAGGCAAAGUUUGAGAAAUAUCACUCAAGCAGCGAAUACAUGGAGUAUCCAGCAGCUGCAGACUCAACACUGGCAACCAAGAGAAAAUACUCACAAAGCGAAGACAAGAAGCCAUUAAUUGAAGAGAUUACGCCAUCUGAAAGUAAUGAAGAAGUUCCCAAGAAGAAAAAGAAGAAGAAGGAAACUGGGGAAGAGCAACUGGAGGCGGAGGUCAAAGAGGAAGUUCCUGAUGCAAGCGAAACAACAACCCCGAAAAAGAAGAAGAAGAAGAAGCAUGACGCUGCUGUGCAGGAAACUGAAACAUCAGCCAGUGUGAAACAGGAAUCCGAAGUAUCGGUGAAGGCUGAACAGGAAGCUGAAGCAGAAGUCAAAGUGGAGGGAAAGAAGAAGAAGAAAAAGAAAGAAAAGUCUCAAGAGGAAGUAAAAGAGCAAGUAGUAGAGGAACCAAUUGAAGCACCGGUCAGCGAAAAGAAGAAGAAAAAGAAAAAGAAAUCGCAAUCUGAUGAUUGAAUACAUGAUCUUUCCAUGAAUUUAUAUCAAUUCAAAAUAUACUAUACUAUAUUUUAUAUAUCAUCGGUAUAUAUGCACACAACUUUCGGACAGUACCUUGUAUAGCUGUUAUGAUCAUUAUUAUCAGUGGUAUUAUUAUUGUUAGGGCUAUAGAGAUCAAACCAAGGUGAUACUUCAGUUUAGACUACGCUGCUGCUAUGCAGUAGUGGAGGAGACAUUCCCCACUACGACUAGUCUGCCUGUCCCCAAUAAAAAUGCAGUUGCUGCUGGUAUUUAAUCUCCAUCAAAGUAUAAUAACGAUAAAGUACAAGGAAGAAGAAAAUGUAAUCAUCCGAUUGUCAACCGUUUACGAUUUACUAUUGGCAUAGUCUCAAAUGAAAUAGUCUUGUUUUAAUCAAGAAGCUCCAAUAAUAAUAACAAUCUCUUAACGUAGUGGAUCAGCAGACAUACAAUUUGUCACUUUGCGUUACACGCAUAAGUCUAACUGUAUAUAGCGUACAGAUCUAAUGCAUCGUGAAAUAUAGGAGUCUGCCAGUUUUUUCAUUCAGUUCUUAUAUAUGAAAAUAUGUCACAACAUAAUUUGACGUCGACAAAAUCUUUUGCAUCGUUAUUCUUUUUGUUUCUUAUUUUACCAAAAUAUUAGUCUUGCAUUUUUAAUCUAACUAAAAAGAUGCUAAAAAUUGCCCGUAGUGCUCUGACAGGUGAAAAAUUACAUACAUACAUUAUUUUUCGAACAUUAUUCUCUUAGUAAUAAAAUUCGUUAAUCCAGA